AUGUCUGAUUCCACCAACAAGAUUCACGACAUUGCCGUGGCAGGAUUCAGCACGCAAACAGAAGCCUACGAACAGUCUCGGCCCAGCUAUCCACCGCAAGUUGUUUCCAGCAUGAUCUCCAGCCUUUCUCUUGUGCCCGGGCAAUCAAAGGUUCUUGACCUAGCGUCGGGGACCGGAAAAUUCACACGACUGAUAAUUCCAUACAAUUUUGAUUUGAUAGCUGUCGAGCCAUCAAUAAAAAUGAGGAAAAAAUUUAUGGAGAUUUUACCCGAGGUGAAGUUAAUGGAAGGUACGGCCUGGAGCAUUCCGUUGCCGGACGAGGAAUUGGAUGCCGUUAUCGUGGCCCAAGCGUUUCAUUGGUUUGCAGAUGCAGCGGCAUUGAGAGAAAUCGCACGAGUCCUAAAACCUGGAUGCGGUUUAGCUUUAUGUUGGAACAUGGAGGACCGUGAAGCGAGUCGAUGGGUCGGGGCCUGGCGAGACGAAUACGAAAAGUAUGACGGGGAUAUACCACAGUAUCGAAAAGACACCUGGAAAAAGGCAUUCUCACUUGAAGAGGUUCUACAGACUUUUACACCCUUACAGCAUCAAAGAUUUCACCAUCAAAAUUCGUGCGACGAAAAAACCAUUUGGCAAAGAGUGCUAAGCAAGAGCUACAUAACAUGUCUGAAUGAAGAAACACGGGAAAACCUGAAAAAGAGAUUGACGGAGAUAUUGAAAAGCGGAACGGAUGUGGAACGAACCGAAGAUGGAAAGAUCAUAUAUCCUUACAAUACGGAUUUGUAUUGGUGUUUUAAGAAACAUUAG